AGGAAAAGGGAGACAGGAAAGGACACAGAACCAGGGAGGGGGGAUGGUUAGGGCCAGCUUUAGAAGAAAUCUGGAACCUAUAAACUUUGGGUAACUUCUACGACAAGAAGCAAACGUCACGACCGUUUGAUUUGUUUGGCUGCAGGACACACCUUUGUCUCCGCCUACGUCCUUUUGAUCGGACCAAUUGCUCGAGAUUCCUUCUUCCUGUUGUCUCUGGCUCAGCUGUGCAAAAAGAAGUCCCGCUGACCAAUCACUGAGUCAGAUGGGAGGGAAGCUGAAGGUUUUCACGCUCCCCUCCCUUUAAAAAAAUCAGAUUGGUGGUUGCUGCCGCUGUCUCACAUGCAGCUACAGGGACGGAACAUGACAGGCGUUCAGUUGGCCGAUACCGUGUUCGCUGACAGAGAGGGAGCUGGAGAGUGACAGGUGGAGAUUAACAAGGAAAAUCUACUUGCUUGACUUUUAUAACAUUCUGGACUGUAACGUUUGGAUGGGACCAAGUGUAAAGUUGGCGAGAGAAGAAGAACACAGGACAAGGCUGGAGGAACAAAAAGGUAACAGAGGUUGUUCCUGAAGAAGAAGCGUCCACAGGAAAGGACCGGAAAGGACCUGUGUGGUACGAAACAUCCACUGGAAUAUUGGCAGAAGAGAAGGAAUCCAGGAUCUUCAAGGAGAGAGUGAGGAAAAAAACGUGGCCAAGCAUGAGAGAGGAGGAGCAGUGUACUGAUGACCACUCUAAGGGAGGGGUUGUUUCUAGCAAGGAGAACAAGGGAAAAAUACCUUCCAAUGCGUGUCCCGUUGUUGUAGCCACACCAGUGGUUCUAAAGCGGCAGUCCAACUCAGAAGCUCACAUAACAACGAUAACGCCCAUCACAUCAGCAGACGAGGGCAGGGUCAAACCAGGAGAUGGCAUUCAGAUCUUCACCCCAACUGGACCUAAAAGACUCAAGAAGAGUCCUCAACACCGGUCACCUUCCUCAGGUCCAUCCCUUUCUCCUGGUCCUGGUCCCAGUCCUGGAAGCCUGUCAGGCCUGGAGGACCCACACGCCCAGAGAGUGAUUGCCAACAUCAGGGAGCGCCAGCGGACACAGUCUCUGAAUGAAGCCUUUGCUUCACUGCGUAAGAUAAUCCCCACACUACCCAGUGACAAACUGAGCAAAAUCCAGACCCUUAAACUGGCGUCACGCUACAUUGACUUCCUCUACCAGGUACUGCAGAGCGACGAGAUGGACACUAAACUGGCCGGCUGUAACUACCUGGCGCAUGAAAGACUGAGCUAUGCCUUCUCUGUCUGGAGGAUGGAAGGAGCCUGGUCCAGCAUGUCAGCUGGUCACUAACACGGUCGGAACCAGAGAUUUAUCUGUAGACGGAAAAACCUGAAAACUGGAGUGAAUGUUCCCGGUGACUUUUUGAAGAACAGUUCUGAGCCCGCAUUCUCUUACGGUUGUCCAAGACGUAAAUGUAAAUGUGUGUGUGAUUUCAGCAGUUGGGGGAAUUCUUUACAAUUUCUUUAAUGUUGUUUCUUUUGUUUGUUUGUUUGUUGACAACAACUCAGUUUACACUUUUCAGCACAGAAGAAAUAUCACUUUUCCGCAGCUUUCUACUUGAGGUGAAAAUCCCACAUUUUGGAUCAAAUGCCAUUUCUGGGGGGGAAAAGGGAGAGUGAUGGCCAACCAGGAGUUCAGAUUCUUGACAAAGACAAAUCAGCUAGAACCAAACCACCAACCUCCAGGUUAGAGGAUAACCACCCCUGCCCACUGAGCCAAAAACAUCCUGACACAGAUUGCAGAAAGGGCAGCGCAGAAAAAAACACCAGACAUUUUUUAAUUCUUUCACAGUUUCAGCUUCUUUACAUCGCUGUGAACAAUUGUCACCGUCCUCAGCAGCUCCAUUAUAGUCAUAGGUAUGCAUAUAUUUUCACCUACAUAAUAAUGUAUUUAUUUCACCUCAUUUCUGACCUGACAAUUCAAUUUAGUCCGAAACUGGAAACACAUACAGAUCAGACCUUUGACUUUUCCAUAACUCCUCAGCUUCAAUUUUGUCUAAGAAUUCGAUAUGUACCCAAGAUUUCUGACCACCCUUUGAACCCAAGUGUCAGUGGAAAAGAAGCUGCAGGCAGCUGUCAUCCCAAAUUAGGUUUCUCUUUCUUAUUCUAAAACCAAGAAUCUUUUAUUUCUUCCAGAGCCAAAAAAAGUCUCAUCACCAAAUUCUUUCCUCUCAUUUCGGCCCUAAAUUUUGCUUGCAUUGCACGAAAGCCUUGAUACAGUGAACUGACGAGGAGGCAUAAUGAAAACAAACGGUUUCUAAGAGCCAUGAAUCAUCUGUGUCACCAUCAAAGAGGAGGCUGAUGUUGCUCCCUGCUGGGCCUCCAUAUACCACCAGGAGUGACAGAGGAGGUGAGAGCUGAUUUAUACACACACAAAUGAGCAGAAAACCACCGGGGAAGUGCUGAGAAAACGUGCUGAAAAAGCAACCAGACUGACCUUUUUUGUACAAAAAUCCUCAACUAUAAUUCACAAUAUUACAUUUUUUUAAACUGUUGUUCCUCCAAUUUUGGGGAAAACACUGCCAUCACUAGAAACUAAACUAAACUAAAAGGGGCGUCUUACUGUUUGUUUUCAGCACAAAGCCAUUAAAAUCCAACUUCCACCACUGCCAACAUGCAGCAAUCUGUGAUUAAGUACCACAGGGAGGUACCGCUAAUGUCUGCAGCCCUUCAGUGACUCCAGUAAAUCCUGGUCUUAAAUGACCAAACAACACUGAAACGCUGGAAGGCAGUUCACAUAAAAGAGUGGUCUAAAAAUGGGAGGUGAAUACAGUAAGAGUGGUUGUUCUUGGCACGUGAACCAGCAUUUAUUUAAUAACUGAGACAUGAACACGUCCAAAAGUUUGAGAGCAACAUGGUGAUACUUACAUGAGGCUGUCUUACAUGAGGCAUGUCCAAUUCUGAAACGAAACUUUCUUCACAUCAUGAAUAUUUAUUGUGUUUUUAUCCAUAAAAAUAUCAAUAAUUUGAGUACUGUGCAAAAAAGGAAGGUUUUACUUGGAAGAUUUUAAAGUAAAAUAAAAAAAUGUCAAUUCACCAAGAAUAAGUGUUUAAUUUUUUUAUAGAUAAAUUGUAUUUUUUUAAAUAAAGGAUUAUUUGUCAUUGAUGAUUAUUAAUUAACUAACUAACUGGCUAUCUUACCUUUCUUUUUAUCUUCUACAUUUGAGCUCAAAACUGUCUCUACAGCUGGAAUAUGAUGACCAAAACAACUCACCUCUCAAACCUCAGCCCGAGUUUGUCAAUUGGUCUGUAUUUCUGAAAUCGUUUGUUUCCUUUACUUCCUGUUUGAAGAUCACCUGAAAACGCGGUCUGGCAGCAGAUAAGGCGACAUCUAGUGGACUUUUCUGGCACAGCACAUCUUUGAUUUAAAAGAAAUACAAGCUCGAACAGUGAGGAUCAGUUAGGAUGCUACAAAGAGACCAAAACAAACCGACUGGUCAUGCAGAAGAAAUGUAUUUAUAAAUAAAUGUCUAAUGGUCAGGGGAAAAAAACCUGUAUGCCAAACAUCCCAUCACAAAGCUGUUUUUUAACAAUGUAUUCAAGACUCUAACUUGGUGUUAACUACAUUUUUCAACCCACACUUUCUUCUCAUUUUCUUAAAUAUGACACUCAUUACAAUUGGAUAAAAUUAUCUUUUAUUCAAUUCCUAUCCGCCAAAAUCAUGUAUCCAGUAUUAAUUACUAGUGUUCACCUACAUCUGAGGCAGGACUUUAAGACAUAUUGUUGGCGGCCAUAUUGGAUCACAUACUGUUUUACCAAAGUUAAAGUACAGGGGAAAAAUAAUUAUUGUUUCAAUAAGUUUGAACUUUACCUCUAAAUCUAUUAAUGACAUUUAGACAUUUAAAGGUGAUGCAAUUUAAUUGGUCAAAACGUAAUUAUUACUUUCUAUCAACAACCAUAGCUUAGCAUCCAUCAACAGACUAGCCGUGCUUAGCUUUUGCUAGGUGUGGUAUUACAGGCGGAUUUUUUGGCAGAUCAUAUAUACUCACUAAUAGGCAAAUACUCCAGAGACAUGUGAUAUGUGUACGUACCAAAAUACUGGAUAAGUCAAACAUUAAAAAAUGAAUUCACUUUAAAGCCAAUGCUUGUGCAAAAAACAUUGAAACCAGUUCAUACUGGAAGUAUUUUUUUUUAAUCAAGAGGAAAAGUCAAUAAUGAGAAUAAAAAAUAGAGAAUCUUUCUAUACAUACACCUGGUAGGAAACUGAUAGGAAAAACACAGAGAUAUUAAAGAAAAGGAUGAAACAAAGAUUUCACUGUUGUGUUAUAGAUACAGAGUUACUGCAAGUCCAGUUAGUUAAGAGUCGCCAAUACACAUACUACUGAAUGCAUCAAGGCACAUGGGUGACAUGUGUAUUUUGGUCUUGGAAUUUCUAUGUACAAUUAAGAGCUGAGGCCGUACUGACCGUUAGGUAAGACAAAAAAGUGGAAUAAUACAGAAGAGGUCACUUCAGUAUACAACUUACUAACACUUGCAGGUGUGUGCACAAAACAUGUACUUUAACAUAUGUACUAGUGCACAUAUCGAUCACAGGGUCUCUUUUCCCAUUUACACACACACACUCUCACACACCACACAUACACACACACACACUCAUUUACUUCAUCUGCUGUGUAAGACGUGUAAGUUGCUAUGAGGAAAUCUAUGCACAAAAUGAAAAAGUGGAACUCCUCCUCCAUACGUCACAUCUACAGAGUGGGAGCAGAGGUGAGAGAGCAGCAGAGGGGAAUGCUGCUCCUGAGGCCGUCUGUGGACCAGACGCUGUCCAGGAUCUGAGUAAAACUAACUGAAGACUUCCUGUUUCCUACCUGCUGCUGGACUGGUCAGCUGUUACCAUUGUUGUGACUGCACAACACCAGUCUAUUUGACAGAAACUUCUAGAUUGUGCUGUUCUAUGAUUAAGUAUAGAUGAAAACCAUUCACCACCAUAUUGGUGAAAACCAAGGCCACUUCAGACAAAGGUCACCAGGUUUCUGUGUGAACGCAGGCGUCUGACCACUCACAUCCGCGUGCGGUCCCACAUACAGUACAAGCGGGAGUCAAGAGGUUCUAAGACAGAUCAUCUAGUUUCAAAAGGCGUCUGAUUUUAACAUGUUGAGACACAUCUCAGACUGGUCAUGAUAUCUCCAUUCAGUCUUCAGCUGAGUUAUAUUUGAAUUACUUAUUGAGGUCUCUCAACCAUCAAAAAUAAAACCUUAUUUAAAAUCAGAGCAACUACUAAAUUUGAAUGACCAGUGAAUUGUUGAGGCCUUGAUGCAGGGCGGGACCAAAAAGACAUGAAGUUUCACAGUGCUGCCAAACUGUUAGCUGUCUUCCAGAGCCAAGUGUUACUACCUGAUUUAACACACAAUUAUGAUGAUUGUGUGUUGUGUAUGCUGUGAGGUUCGAAUAUUGAAAAUGUGAAGAUCUGUACAAAAGGCCACUGCAAGAAGAAGUCGCUGCUCUUUUCAAUACAAAGGCAAUAAAAACUAAAAUCAGCACCAAGUAGUGAGUAGUGACUCACUCCUGCUUGAACAAACUCAGCCCUUG